CUUGCGCCGAAUUGGUGCUGAGCGACGCUAGGUAGGAGGAUAAGGCUGCUCCGCUUAGCGAAGAGGGCACCGUCGCUGCUGUGACUGCGAGAUUUGGUGAGAGGGCAUGAUGUGCAGAUGUGGAUAUGUGGAGCUGAGCAUGGAGAUGGCUGUAACAUGGGGCAUAUCUCUGAUAUUCGAUGGAAGGACUCACCACUCGAACUGGUUCCUAGCGGCGUGAUCUGCGCUGUGGAUGUGGUGGGCGCUACUGUGAAGGUGGGAUUUUCUAUUCAUAGCGGGUUCAGAGUCGAGAGGGUCAGUAAAGAGCGUUAGCGGACAUUUGAAUGCUGCGAUAAUGGGGCCACAUCUUUGCGCGCGGAA